AUGUCGACCGGCGCGGCAGCUGACGACUGGCUCUCAUCGUCCGAACUGGCGAGGGACGGUCGUAGGGAGGCGGAGAUCCUCUCCCGCGCGUGGUUCCAGCUCCGCCUUUCUAUUCGCGCUCCGAAUCGCUUCCCUCCGUGGAACGCGCUGCUGAUCACCGCCGCGAGCGACGCUCAAGCUGACCUUUACUCCAGGCAGCUGGAAGCAGCGCGGCACAAUGGGCACAUCGCAGCGGAGACCAUCGUGCUGGCAGUACCAGACAGGGAGGGGAAGAGGAUUGGAUCUGGAGGAGCCACCCUGGGAGCUAUCCGGGCGUUGAGGGAUCAUCUGGGGGAGUCAUCUUCUGCCCGCCUCCCAACAAUGAAAGUAUUACUGGUGCACGCAGGGGGAGACAGCAAGCGACUGCCAUGGGCCAAUCCGUGCGGCAAGCCCUUUGUGCCCUUCCCACUGCUGGCUGGGGACGACCCGGACGGACCCCCGUUGACUCUCUUUGACCACAUCCUUGCCGUGUCAGCCCUGGCUCUUCAAGUACUGCCCUCCAAUGAUGGUGCGCUCUUCAUAAUGACGGGCGAUGUGUUGCCAUGCUUCAAUGCAUCUCGCAUCCGCCUGCCCUCCCACGGGGCUCUCGUCGUCACUGCUGCCGUGCCCUUAGAUGUUGCCUCCCGGCACGGAAAGCCGAGUGUGGGGGAGAUGGUGGAAAAGGGGGCACUGUGCGGCACGGGGGGGGCACUACUAGAUACAGGGAUCUAUGCGGUCUGCGGUGACACGUGGCGCGACCUGAUUGGUCUGGCGACCAGCGAGGAGGACUUGCUAGGAGAACUGCUGGCUUCAGGCGAAGAGUUGAGUCUCUAUGAGGAGCUGGCAGCAGCUUGGGUGCCGGCAUGCCAUGCGUGGCUCUCCACUCGCCCCCUGGGAUCGCACCUCCUCGCCCACCUCAGCUCGCACUCACUCUUCCACCACUGCGCAGACGAUCUCUCCUUCCUGCAUUUCGGCACAUCAUCAGAGUAUCUCCACCACAUGAGCCUCCCCUACACCGGGCGAAUGCCGCGCCGCCACCUCAGCGCGGUCGCCGCGCCCACAGACUGCCACGUGGCACAAUCUGCAGCGCUCAUCUCGUCGCACGUGCCACCUGGCGCGUGUGUCGGGGAGGGCAGUGUCGUCUCUGACAGCUGGCUGGUCCGGGGCACACGGAUCGGUGACCGAUGCGUCGUGAUUGGCGUAGACACAGCCGCCGCCGCUGCUGCUGAGUCAGCAUCUUCCACGUCAGCAUCAGCUGAGUUGGACUCCAGCAGACCUCCAACCCCUAUAAUUACAUCAGUUUGUCCUCUAGUGCUGCCGAGCCACAUGUGCUUAUGGCAGGUGCCGCUAAAAGGGGGGCGGGAGGUGACCCUGUGCUGUGGCGUGGAUGACAACCCUAAGUUGUCGUUUUCUGGGGGAGGCUCCUUCUGCGGCCGCCCUUGGAGGCUGUGGCUGAGAGACAGAGGUCUCAAGGAGACAGACAUCUGGCCAGACUACCAAGGUCGCCCGGUUCAACCAAAGCAGGAUCUCUGGAACGCACUCCUCUUCCCCAUCCUCCCCACUGGCACCGGCCUUCGUCUUGCCAUGUGGCUUCUUGGAAGCUUCGCUCCUAGUCUCACCCAAGCUCCCGGUCACUCUCCCAGUCAAGCUCUCAGCCAACAGUAUUCUGACACAUGGCGGAGAUCUGACCGCACAUCGCUGGCUCUCCUCCACCACUUGACUGAAAUGCAACCACUACCCCUUGGCGCCACUGUAACUGUAACCCUACCAGUGAGACUGGACAUAGCAGGCGGGUGGAGCGACACGCCUCCCUGGAGUCUAGAGCGGUGCGGAACGGUGCUGAACAUGGCGGUGCUGCUGGAAGGGAAGCGGCCUGUAGGGGCCACUGUGACUGUAGUGAAGGAGCCUGGUGUUCUAAUGGAGGACGAUUCGGGGGCUUCUCUUCACAUACCCGACCCCGCCACCAUCCCCACCCACCUCUCGCCACAAGAGCCCUUCGUUGUAGUCAAGGCCGCCCUCCUCGUCACCCGCAUCUCCACCCUCCUCUCCCCCUCCUCCUCUUCCUCCUCGUGUGUGGGCCUGCAUAUCCGAACAUGGGCGGAUGUUCCAAGGGGCAGUGGUCUGGGUACGAGCAGUGUAGUGGCUGCUGCUUUGGUGCGAGCGCUGCUGCUGCUGGUCAGAGGGGGAGGGAGGAGAAGGAGCGGGGCAGAGCAAGCACCUAAAGCAACAGAUGGGGCACCUGAGACAACAGAGAGAACACCCGCAAAAGCACCUGAGAAAGCACCUGAGGCAACAGAGGAAGCACCUGAAGUGACGGACGAGGAAGUGAGCCGGCUGGUGCUGCUGCAGGAGCAGAGGAUGGGCACGGGGGGAGGGUGGCAGGACCAAGUAGGGGGGCUGUACCCAGGAGUCAAAUGCACCACCAGCCUGCCCACCCGCCCCAUUCGUCUUGUAGUGGAUCCCCUGCCUCUAAUACCCGAGUUCCGCUCUGCCCUGCAGCAACGCCUUGUGGUUGUGUUUGUGGGCCAGGUGCGUUUGGCGCGUAACGUCUUGAAGAACGUGGUAACACGGUACCUGCAGCGGGACACUCGCCUCAUCUCCACCAUCCAACGGCUCACAGACCUCGCCGAGAUCGGCCGCCGCGCGAUCUCAACCGCCGAUCUCGAACUUCUAGGGCGCGUUCUUUCCCACACCUGGGACUUUCACCAGGAGCUCGACCCGCACUGUAGCAAUCCACAUGUCGACGCGCUAUUGGCUGCUGUGAAGCAUCUGAGUUGUGGAGCAAAGCUAGCAGGAGCAGGAGGCGGAGGGUUUGCAAUGAUCAUGGGAAGGAGCGAGGAGGCUGCGGAGGAGAUAAAGGGGAUUUUGAGAGGCAUGGGGGAACCUGUUAGGGUGUAUGACUGGGCUGUUGCUGUGUGA